AUGGCCAAGCUUUCGCGUGGUGCCCCCGGUGGCAAGCUCAAGAUGACCCUGGGUCUCCCAGUUGGUGCCAUCAUGAACUGCGCCGACAACUCGGGUGCCAGGAACCUUUACAUCAUCUCCGUCAAGGGUAUUGGUGCCAGGCUCAACAGGCUGCCGGCCGGUGGUGUUGGCGACAUGGUCAUGGCCACUGUCAAGAAGGGCAAGCCUGAGCUGAGGAAGAAGGUCCACCCCGCCGUCAUCGUUCGCCAGUCCAAGCCGUGGAAGCGCACCGACGGUGUCUUCCUGUACUUCGAGGACAACGCUGGUGUCAUCGUCAACCCCAAGGGUGAGAUGAAGGGCUCCGCCAUCACCGGCCCCGUCGGCAAGGAGGCUGCCGAGCUGUGGCCUCGUAUUGCCAGCAACUCGGGUGUCGUCAUGUAA